AUGCCCGAAGCCAAAACCUCCGGCGCCUCCGCCAGCGACGGCACCGCCCGCUCCCGCACAGCAGCCGGCACCUCCUCCUCCACCCACAACGGCCACAACCAAGGCUCCCAAUCGCGCACCUACACCCCCGACCAAAAAGCCGCCGUCCUCCGCAUCCGCCGCUGCUCCCCCACCGCCUUUUACGAGAUCCUCGACAUCCAAAAAACAUGCACCGACUCCGAGGUGAAAAAGGCAUACCGCAAGCUCUCACUCCUGACACACCCCGACAAAAACGGGCACGAGCACGCGGACGAGGCGUUCAAGAUGGUCGCGAGAGCGUUCAGUGUCUUGGGGGAUAAGGAAAAGAGGGAUAAAUUUGAUCGGUUUGGGACUGAUCCCGAUAGUAGAUUCGAGUCGGCCAGGGCAGCGGCGAGGGAGGGAGGAGGGAUGGGUGGGUUUGGGGGGCGGCCAAGGGGGGGAGGUUUCGGGGGUUGGGAGGAGGAGAUUAGUCCUGAAGAAAUGUUUGCUAGGUUUUUUGGGGGUGGUGGCGGGGGGAUGGGUGGUGGGUUUGGGGGGCCUUUUGGGGGUAUGGACGGCGGACAAUUCUUCUUCAACCUCGGCGGCAUGGGCGGGCCAGGGAUAAGAGUCCACCAAUUCGGCGGCGGCAGACCAAGAGCAAGGCCUAGAAACCCCGGGCAGGAGGAACCACCGGCCAGCAUGCUCGGGACGAUACUGGGACUUUUACCCAUCAUCAUCUUAUUCAUCUUUCCGAUCAUUUCGUCGAUUUUCUCCGGGUUGACGACCAUCACGACGCCGGCGACGCCGAGCAUGGUGUUUGACCAGCCGUAUGCGUCGUAUACUGUCGAGAGGAUGAUGCCAAACUACAAGACAAAGUACUACCUCAACAAGGCCGACAUCAAGUCUUACACCCCGGCCAAGUUCAACUGGUUGGAUAGGCAGGCCGAGGUGGUGUUUGUGCAGCAGCUGAGGAUCGAGUGUGAGAAGGAGAUGCAGAGGAAGCAGGAGCUGAAGGACCAGGCGACGGGGUGGUUUUCUUACAACAAGGACAAGAUGGAGUUGGCUAAUAACUUUCCCAUGCCGCAGUGUAGGAGGCUGAAUUCGUUGAACAAGUAG